AUGCGUAUCAACGACAAUCGUUGGACCGGAGCUGUAAGCGACUGGAUACCACGCGACAUCAAACGCACCGCAAGAAGACCGCCGACCCAAUGGUCAGACCUCUUUGCGAGGUCCUUCAAAGAUAAGUAUGACGCUGUUAUCCGGCCUCGAGUCCCUCGCGAAAAGAGAUGCCAGUCGGCAACACAUACACGAUCGGGACACAUGGAACUAUUACUGGUGCCCGCUCGAGCAAAUCGAUUAACAACGGUACCACAGGUGAUGUCAGUUGAAGUACAGACUCCCUCAAAUGGAGCUGAGGAAGGGAAUUUGCCCGAGAAACAAAAUGAUGACGGGGAAGGAGGAAUCCAGCAACCUGACCAAAUGCAAAAAACGCUGCUGAACUUGGUAUUUCGCUCAAUGAAACGAACACACGACAUGUUUAGCAAUGAUUACACAACGUUUCCGGAGCUCUCUGAGAAAGACUUAAACGCCAUCAAAUCAAUCAAAAAACGAUGUGAAUAUGGCUCAGUUAUACGACAUGUUGAAGAGGCAAAGAAAAGGCGGGAGCAGGAAUUAUUGAAGCUACCAACUAGUCAGCCUUCUAUAGGUAUUGGAUCUGUUGUUACUGCUUCUGAUGGUCCACUGGCUAUCACAGAUGGUACGGGCAAGCCCGUAACAUCUGCUCCUCCUCAGGGGCAGGUGUUAAAUACUUUACCGGUAGGGUCGAGUAGCACUCGCUCUGAGGAUAGUACAACUAGGUCUUUACUCCCUCUUCGCGCACCCAUGAUGGUGAAGCCAAAGUGGCAUGCGCCGUGGAAGUUAUACAGAGUUAUUUCAGGACAUACCGGUUGGGUACGCGCAGUUGAUGUGGAACCUCAAAACCAGUGGUUUGCCAGCGGUGGUGGUGAUCGCAUUAUCAAGAUUUGGGAUUUGGCCUCUGGAAAACUUCGGCUUUCUUUAACUGGUCACAUCAGCGCUGUUCGUGCUGUGAAAGUAUCUCCAAGGCACCCUUUCCUGUUUUCCGGAGGAGAAGACAAACAGGUCAAGUGUUGGGAUCUCGAAUACAACAAAGUUAUUCGUCACUAUCACGGCCAUUUAAGCGCUGUUCAAGCACUAUCGAUUCACCCUACAUUGGAUGUUCUGAUCACCUGCGCUAGAGACUCUACAGCGAGGGUGUGGGACAUGCGGACGAAAGCACAAGUGCACUGCUUAGCUGGCCAUACUAACACUGUAUCUGAUGUUGUUUCUCAGGCGGCUGAACCGCAGGUUGUCACUUCUUCCCACGACGCGACCGUCCGGCUUUGGGAUUUGGCCUCUGGACGAUCAUUAUGUACGCUCACACACCACAAGAAAUCCGUCCGAUCGCUUGUGCUACAUCCUCGCUUAUACAUGUUCGCAUCGGCAUCUCCCGACAAUAUUAAACAAUGGAAAUUCCCCAAGGGGGAGUUCAUGCAGAAUCUGUCUGGACAUAAUGCUAUUGUUAACUCCUUGGUUUGUAAUGAAGAUGGUGUACUUGUCUCCGGCGGUGAUAACGGUUCAAUAUGUUUUUGGGAUUGGCGUUCAGGUUUUUGUUUCCAGAAAAUACAAACAAAGCCACAGCCUGGUUCAAUUGAUUCCGAAGCUGGUAUUUAUGCUAUGUGUUAUGAUAAGACUGGUUUGCGUCUUAUAACAGGAGAAGCUGACAAGACAAUUAAAAUGUACAAAGAAGAUGAAGAGGCGACCGAGGAAACACACCCUAUUGUAUGGCGGCCAGAAAUCGUGAAAAAGAAAGCCUACUAA